GCCCGACUGCUGUGCGUGCGCGAGCUCCUCGUCGCGUUCCCGUACGGCGUACACACACACACACACACACACUCGCUCUCCUCUUCCGUCUGUCAUCGCAGUUGCUACUACUGUCCACCUGUACGUCACGUAGUGUCGUUUGUUGUUGUUGAUAUUUUUUUCUGUUCGCGAGAAGUGUGUCGUGCGGUGUCGUCCUGCGGGCUACUGUGUAUAAACACAGAGAGAUACGUCGCGUUACUGAAGAAGACAGUGGAGUGGAUUUUAACUGUGGGACUUUACUCGUUCAUUGAUCGCGGAGUGAAAGGAUAUACGCGGCGGCGGCGGCGGCGCGCUUUCCACUCGUGUGUACACCUGCUGCCGCCGAGUGUAUUUAUACGCGAGCAGCCACACUGCGGAGUGUGCGGUGCAUCGGCGUCUAGCAGUAGACGCGAGUCUCUCUGGCGCGCGCGAACUUUGACGUUUGUCCGUCCGAGCGCGCGUCGUCUGCUGCGGGAGCUGUGUGUGUCCGUGUGUUUGUAAGCGUUGGGGGGUGAGCGAGCAGACGGAGCGAACGACCUCUGCUCCGACUGCAGGUGCGUCGACUUACGGAGGACAAUCCUGGGGACGAGCGGACGUCCAGACUCGGCCGGGAGCUGCGGAGGAUCUGGAACGCGCACACGCACGCCGAGUGAGAUAAGAAGCGGAAAAGUAGUCCAAGGUUGAGGGUCCGAUAAAUUAUCCGGGAUCUCCCCCUCGAGAAGAGCCUAUGCGAGGGAGAGAGUGAGUGAGUGAGUGAGCGAGAGAGAGAGAGAGAGAGAGAGAGAGGGAGAGAGAGAGAAUCGACGACGACGACGGGGGGAGGCCGAGAAGAGAGAGAGAAAAACGUGCGGAGCGCGCUGAUCGAUAAGCGACGCCGACCCAGCAGCGGCAGCGGCAAGGAUAACAGCCCAUGUAGGGAUGAGAGGAGGCGUCUGCAGGAGGAGAGCCGGGAGCCGCUGGCCAGCUCCGAAUCGACUCGUCCUCUAGUGCUCGCUGCUCCAGCCUCUCCGGGAUCAUGAUCACUUAGGAGCCUAGCGCGGACACAUCCCUCGCAGCGAUCGUCCUUUGUGUGCUACCGUUGUGCGCGCUGAUAAGUACUACACGUGACGCAAAGCGGCCUCGAGAUGAAGGAGCACAAAGAGUCCAAGGAGCAGCAGCAGCAGCAGCAGCAGCAGCAGCAGGUGGACUCGAGCGGCCGAGUGCUCAAGAGCCUGCUGAAGAAGCCGGGCGAGAAGAAGUCCAAGGGCCAGAAGAACCGGGUCGUCAUCAACGAGAAGAACAACGAGUUCUUCGCCGCGGACUACAUAAUCCUCAUCAAGGAGGAGUGCUGCGCCGACUACGAGGAGGAGUGCGACUGCUGCUGCCAGGAGCACGAGAUGAUCAGGCUCGGCAACUGCAAGGAGUGCCGGGCCGAGCUGAACCUCCGCUUCGAGGACGGCGGCGGCGGCGGCGGCGGCGGCGGCGGCAACAACGGCCCUCCCCACCACCAGCUGCUCGGACCCGACGACGAGUGCGACGAGGACGACGAGGACGACGAUGAGGAGCUCGACGAGGAGGACGAGCUCGACGAGAUGGACGAGUGCGAGGACGAGGCGCACUGCGCCGUCAGGCAGGAGGUCCUGCUCCAGGUCAAGCCCGACAAACAGCAGACGACGCCGCAGAGCCGGCGUCACCAGCAGCGCGAGACGCUCAGCCCGCCAGAGGGCUACAAGGACCUCUGCGUCGCCGCGCAGGCCAGACAGGAACUCGAGGACGCCGAGGCCGAGGACGAGGGCCGAGCCGUCUGCGCCGAGUGCGACUACUACCAGCGACAGGCUGCAGAAGCUGCGAACGCGAACUGCAGCGGCGAGGAUGUCUCCGGCAGCGCAGCCACGUCGAGUCUCGCUCAGCGUCAGGAGGACUCGUCGAAAAGCGCCCAACAGCAGCGCAGCGCCUCGCAGGAUCAGCCGAGUUCCGAGGAGGCCGGCAACGUACUCCAAGCGACUAUCGAUCAGGCUCAGCAGACGACGCCAGAUGUGCAGCAGCGAUACCUCGUGGAGACGAUCACGAUGACGACGGUGACGGAGCGUCGGAUCGUCCGGGAGAUCAGCGAGGAGGAAACGUCGAGCCGGGCGGCGAUCGACGAGGCGGACAGCUCGCACCUGAAGUCCCUCGACUCCUCCGACAAGAACUCGACCCCCAACGGCGAGAGCAGCCUCGUCAAGUCCGACGACGCCGGCAACCAGCCCCAGGAGAAGCCAACCGAGCUGUCCCUGGCCUUCAAACUGGGCAGCGUCUCGUCCCUCGUCUCCAACAGUCUCAAGCCCAACUCGGCGGUUCGCCAGCUGUUCCCCGACCCGAGAUUCAUCUCCCCGCCGCCGGCUCCGGUGAAGAGCGUCUCCACGGAUCUGGAGGACUCGGCGCUGGAGGACGCCGUCGACAGCCAGCAGUUCCUCAUCACCCAGGAGAGCCUGCGGCUGUUUGACGCGGUGAAGCAGCGCUCGAAAAUCGGCGCCGGCAGCCGCUCCGACUCGUCCGAGAGCGACUCCUCGAUCAAGCGCACCAUCGAGAGGAACGCCCUGAGGCGCAGCCUGAUCUGCAAGUACGAGGCCGGCAGCGGUGGCGGCGGCACCCUCAAGAAGAAGAACCUGCGCAGCAAGGACCUCACCCUGGAGGAGCGCAUCCGACAGCUGACCUGCGUCGACGAGGACGAGGACACGGCCGACAGCAGCGCCUCCGAGAACAACAACACCGGCAGAAUCAAUGCCCAGAACAACAACAACAACAACAACAAUAACAACAACAGCAGCAGCAGCAGCAGCAGCAACAGCAACAGCAAUAACAACAACGCGCUUGUGAACGGCCUCAUGGGCAGGUCGAUCGGCGAGGGUAACGAGGACCAGGCGCACCAGCUGCCCGUGAGGACGUCGCCGUCCGGCGAGGAGAGGCCCAAGAGCAGCCACGUCGUCCAGUCGCACCAUCAUCACCACCACUCGAGCAAUCUGGCCUACAGGAAGAUCACGGAUCUGUUCGGGCAGAAGAAGAGCAGCAGCGGCAGCAGCAGCGGUAGCAGUAAUAACAGCGGGCAGGAGUUGAACCUGCCGGAUAUCGGGCUCGGGGGCAAGCACGCGAUGAACAUGAAGCCGCCGUCGGGCGCCAAAGUCAACAACGAGGCGAGGAAACAAUUCCUGGCCAGCCUUGCGCCGCUGUCGUGCGUUUCUGCCAGUGGCGUUGACGGUCGUGAGGAUUAUUACAGGAUGCCGGCGAAGAUGAACUCGACCGACCGGAACUCGAUCUACUCCGAGUCCUCCUACAGCCUGGAAGACAUCGAGCACGCGCUGAACGACGGCAUCCCGGCGCCCCCGGACGUAACCCGAGGUACGCCCACCUCUUCCGGUCCCUCGAUGGACGCUUUCGGGGGCGAUCCCACGGACGAGCUUCUGGCUUUCGUCGAGCAGGACAAGUCUCGAACGGAGCGGAUCAAGCGCCGCUACGACGUCGACGACCAGCAACAGCAGCAACAGCAGCAUCAGCAGAAGAACGACUCGAACGCCCUGAGCAUCGAGAUUCCGAAGAACGUGAUCAACCUCAACAACGCCGGCGACGACGACGACGACGACGACGAGCUCAACGACUACGGCUUCAACCGGCGCCCGUCGGUCCGGGGUAUCAAGGCCCAGUUCGAGACCACCAACGAGAUCGUCCGUCAACUUCGAACCCGCAGCGCAGCCGCGAACUCCCUGCCCGAGGCCUGCAGGCUCAGUUUCUCCGGCACAGGCGUUCCCUCCUCGUGUGCGGCUAACGUACCCCACGAGGACGAGCUCGCCGCCAGCUCGUCGUCCUCGUCGGACGUCUACAGGGUGACCUACACCAACGAGGUCGCCCCGGACCCCAACACCAUCAGCCGCAUCAACACGAUGCAGCGGCAGAUCAACGACAUCUAUCAGAGCAUCGCCGAGGGCGGUGCCCUUCUGGACCAAACGCAGCAGCGACCCGUAGCCGCCGCUUCGCUGUCCUACCUCGAGAGCACGUUUCCCCGGAGUCUGCCCCAGCAGCAGGACGUUCAGCGCAACGGUCUUCAGAGCGGGACGCUCUUGAACCCGGCUCGCAUGCUCAGAAUCGCUGGAGGCGCGACGGACGUCGCAUCUGCUGGAGUCUACAGCACACUCCCCAGGAAUCACAGGACUCCGUCGUACAGCACGGGGUACUCGGCCGGGGUGGUACCGGUCAGCCCAGCCGCGGUCAAUGCUGCGGCGGCAGCGGCGGCUACUGCUGCUGGUGCCAAGUGCUACAGAACCAUGUACUUCGUGCCCUACAACGGACUCAGCGACCCGACCUACCAGAACAUCCAGAGGAUACUACCGCCACACUCGUCGCCCACGAAUUACGCGGAACACCUCGAGAGGUAUCCUUAUCCACGGAACGGAAGGAUAGAGCAGCAGCAGCAGCAGCAGCAGCCGAGAUACUACGUGAGGCCCGCGACGAUACCGGCCACUUCGAGCGCGGCGCUUCACCUUCACCUCCAUCAGAGCGAGGAGUUCCAAGUGGCAGCGGCGGCUCGUAGUCAAACUCUGCCUCACGGAUCCGUCGUCCAUCCGAUGCACGUCCAGCAACAGGUGCAGCAGCAGCAGCAGCAGCAGCAGCAGCAGCAGCAGCAGCAGCAGCAACAGCAGCAACAGCAACAGCAACAGCAGAACUACGUGCAGACGCUGUCGGGAGCGACGUAUUCGAUCUGCCCGCCACCGCCGCCCUCGUCCGCCACUGCGACCUACACUUAUCAGAUGCAGAUACAGGGUCGUCUCUCCUCUUCGGACAUGCAAACCCAGACGAGCUGCGCUCCAGCCUCCCAGAUAACCAGCGGUCUGCUCAGUAGUGCGAGUCUUCUGGCGAACUCCUCGAUCCCGGGCAGCAUCAGUAGCGGCACAUCCUCACUGCUGUCCUCCCCAACGAAGCAUCCACCCCAGCAACAUCACACCGGUAGUCUCCAGCGUGGCUCGAGCUGUAGCGUAGCCGAACGCGGUGUCCCCGAAGGAGCAGCUAGUGCCCCGUCCCACGAUUACGUCGUUUGUCCCGCAGUCCCUUCCAGCGCUGGUCUACUCGCCACCACGACUCAAAGUGCCGCGAGUAUCGCUGCUUCGUUCGUGACGAACGACACCAAUGGGGGACCGAUUGUCGACGCGCAGAAUCCGGUUUAUUACGCGAUGAACGUCUGAGAGGAGUUUUACUCGUUGCACGACGAGAGGGAACUCAUCAAGUGCGACCUCAUGUAAGUGCGGGGAAAGAUACGCGAUGAUUUUUCGAAAAUGAAUCGAAAUUUUUUACGAAACUUGGUGUAAUGAAUUAAAUACGCAGAUCUAAUUGGUGUUAUCAUUCCCGAUAUGAUGUGUUACGUGUAGAAAACGCUCCGAUGCAGACUCUGCAGACGUGGAGUAUGUAUUGUGGCUAAUACGUGCUAAUGGAAAUUUAACAUUGGAAUUAGAUGAUUAUUAUUGCAGUGUUGUUCGUCCGGUACUUAUACCCACGCAUAAUAUAUGAGGUUGCGCGCUCUGAUGCGUUUGCUUCUCUCCGUGCGAGCGAGGAAACUCUCUCAAAGAGGCUUAAAUAGCUUGAUUAGAUUUUGGAGGACUUUCGCGGGAGGAUUUGUAAAGGAUUUGCUUGAGACGAGGAUUAAACGCUUCACUUAUAUCAUCGGUUGGGAAUUCGUAUGAUUCUUUUACACAUAUCGCUUUUAUUUGCGAAGAUUUCAAAUUUAUUAUCGAGUUUUUUCCCGCGCUUCGAUCGUUUUACUGUGAAAAAUCAUACAAACAUCUUAACGUUUGCCAUUUCAUUGAGUUGAGAACUUAAGCUUACUUGUCGACAGUUUUAAGAUCAAGUGUUUUAAGUUGACGAAGAGACUUGAACGGCAUUUUAUACUCACAUUGUAUAAAACAAAGUCCAUCCCGAGAAUUAGAUUUUGAAUAUCUUUCGGAAAAUGAAGUCGACGUCAUCAAUUUUGUACUAGCGAAUCCUUUGUUUCAUUAAAAAUCCGAAAGCCACGAAAAGUGCGAAAAUCUCGCAGUAUUAAAACGUAGUAUUUUGUAAAAACUAAGAUGCGACAGAAAUGAGUGAACAAUGUUUCAGAUACACGCCAAAGAUACACCGGAGAGUAGUACGAUAAGAGAGGCUGUAAAAAGCUAUGAUAUAUCACAAAAGAAACUUUGUUCGUGGUGGUAGUGUGUAUAAAUGAGAAAAAAAACUUACUUACGCCAAAAAUAAGCGAAAUAUUCAUUAGUAGAAACUAUUAAGGGAUGAAUUUAUAUACACUCGUGGGAGAAAGACUAGAUGUUCUCACCUCCCGUCUUGAUUCUUCAGCCAAAAAGACGAAAGAAAAAACAAGGUGUAUAUCGAGUCACUAGUGAAAUUUUCUUCGUUAUGCGGCGCAAUGUCGCGGUAGUAUUUUCUCGUCUCAUUCUUGAAAAUUAUUCUAGGAUAUUCUAUUUAUCGAGUAGAGGAUUUAUAUGCACAAAUGUAAAACAAGGCGUAUGCGAAGUUUAUCGUGCGUUUUCCGUUCUACUUUCCAGCGAGUAUGUAUACGUGUAUUUGUUAUUUAGGUUAAAAAAAUCGAGCCCUUCUCACCGAAGAACACAUGCGAGCGAGUUUAUUUUGAUGAUGAGAUGAUAUGUUUUCCAACAUUGUGGGAAAGUUUUGAGCAAUUUCCCCAAGAUCUCAAAGUAAUUGAACAUUGAUAGACGAAUUCUCUAAUUUUUUAACAGAGACAUUUCUAGCUUUGUAACUGAACUAUGAAUUUAUCAUUUAUAUAGUACUUCCUAUUCCUCAUGGAAACACGACUGAUUUGAUGCUGAAGGACUUGAUCGUUUAAUGUUUGGAAGAAUUAGAGUUUUGUCGUAGAUAAUUUUUCUAUCAAUGCAGACGGAGAAUUGCUCGAAGCGUUGUUUAUUAUUAAUGAAAAAUCUUUAUUCAUUGACGAAUUGUUUUUUAAAUGAACGACGAUUACAAAUAUCAAGGUGUCAACCAAAGUUGCGAGUUAGUAUUAACUGCUGUUGUGAUAUUAUUUUGAGUCGUUUGUAACGUAGAAUUUUAUAAUAAUUUAUUUUUUUUUUGUUCUCCCUACAUCUCCUUUAUUUUCUAUACAUAACGUAAUGUGUAAAUAUUAACAUUUGAGACAGCGAGCCGCUCCACUUUACGACGUGUGUUAUACUCACCACGUUCAAAGUGCAGUCAUUAAGUUUAACGGUAAUAAUAUUACAAACGUCGA